GCCCUGGCCGUGCGCGUGCGCAGGCGGAGCCGAGCCUUACCGGUGUUGGAGCCGGGCUCGCUCCCCGGUCCCGGCUGAGUCGGAGCUGGCGGGCCCCAUGCUGUCCCCCGAAGCGGAGCGGGUGCUGCGGUACCUGGUGGAGGUGGAGGAGCUCGCCGAGGCGGUGCUGGCGGACAAGCGGCAGAUUGUGGACCUGGACACCAAAAGAAAUCAGAACCGGGAGGGCCUACGAGCCCUACAGAAGGAUCUCAGCCUCUCUGAAGAUGUGAUGGUUUGCUUCGGGAACAUGUUUAUCAAGAUGCCUCACCCUCAAACGAAGGAAAUGAUUGAGAAAGAUCAGGAUCAUCUGGAUAAAGAAAUAGAGAAACUCCGGAAACAACUUAAAGUGAAGGUCAACCGCCUCUUUGAGGCCCAAGGCAAGCCAGAGCUGAAGGGUUUUAACCUGAGCCCCCUCAACCAGGAUGAACUUAAAGCUCUGAAGAUCAUCUUAAAAGGAUGAAACUCAAAAGCCAAAAUGAGGGAUCUAAGAUAGCAUCCCCCCUGAGGUCAUGGCGGACCCAGGACUCUCCAACUUUGUAACUUGCAAGGACAUGAACUACCCUGCUAGGAGAUAGGCAUCAGGAGUCUGAGCAUGAGAAGCCUCUGUCUGUGGGGAUUGGCUGCUCUGUGACGACAGGAGGGAGCCCUCAGCCUGCCAGUGUUUGUUGGGUCUGGCCACUGGAGUUGGAUGGACACAAGACCCAUUGAUAGGUCCUGGCAGCCACCAGAGGUGGGUGGGGGCAGUGCUUUGGGGGUGUGAGAAUGACCGAAACAGGCACUCGUAACAAGAGCCUGCUGUUCACAUGGGCCCCUGGCAGUGGCGGGGGAGUACAGGGAGCAUGAUUCCUGCAUUCCUUUCAGGAAGAGAGGCAUUCUCAAACAUCAUGUAGUGGACUUGGACUAAAGCAGGAGGCUCACAGGUAGGUGGUUUCUGAAAGGAUAGAAUCUUGGUGCUCCAUCGUUCACCCCAGCCAUCUGUGGGGCAGACACACCAUUCCCCACCACUGCCUCCACUUUGGUCCUUUUUUCCUGCUUGCCCCUGGGAUGGAGCCCAGAGUGGGUGCUGCUUAUCAAACUCCUGCACUUGCUGUUUAGUCAGGAAAGCCUUACAGAGUUCUGUACUGGGGGUGGGAGAGGGAGCUGCCUCUUCACGAGGCCCUCCACCACCUCUGAAGACAUGGCCAGCACCACUCAGUUCCCGCCUGUCCUCAGUGGUCUCGGAUCCUGGUGUGAAUGUGCUGUGAGGGCAGCAUCAUCUCUUUAAUGUUCAUUGAGGGCUUAAUAAAUGUUUCCUAAAUGACUGAA